AUGCAAAAAAUAUUAUUGGCAAUUGCAACCAUAGUCUUUAGUCAUUACUUGUUACUAAGAAAAAGACUAAAUAAGCGUAAAAGGCUGGUCAAGCCAGCGGGUGAACGAGUCGUGAUUUUAGGUUGCUCGUCUGGAAUCGGAAAAGAAUGUGCUUUACAAUAUGCAUCUCGUGGUGCCAAACUCAUUCUAUUUGCUCGUCGAGUCAAUUUACUUGAAGAUCUUCAAAAGGAAUGUGAACAAAAGGGUGCCUCUGCAGUGUAUUAUAUGAUAGGCGACGUGACAGUAGAAAAUGAUUUGGAAAAGCUAGCAAGUUUUACAAGAGAAAAGCUACAAGGAGUUGAUACAGUUAUAUAUUGUGCAGGCAUGAUAUCUGUUCGACCUUUCCUUGAAUCAUGUGGUAUCCAAGUAGAUAUCAAAUCAAAGACAGUAACAGAAAGGCCAACUGAAAAGAAUGCUCUCGGCCAAGCGCUUGACACGAUUACUAAAAUCAAUUAUUAUGCAGCAGUGUGGACUGCAAGGUUAUUCUUGCCAGUGUUGAUUGAAUCAUCUGCUGCACCCAACUACUUGGUCGUAUCAUCCAUGGCGGGAAAAGUCGGUGCUCCUACACGAUCUCUUUAUGCGGGAUCUAAACAUGCUUUACACGGUUUCUUUGACUCCAUCAGGGUCGAGUUACAUCCAUUGGGGGUGCAUAUCGGACUGAUUUGCCCAGGUACGGUUGAUACCGACCUGCGACAGUCUGCUGUUGACAAGUCACUUGGACAAGGAACCAUAUCCGGGUCAAAAAAGAACAAACUAUCUGCUGGUUCUGUGGCUCACCGUAUCAUUCAAGCGUCUGAUCUACGUGAACGAGAAAUAUAUAUACCUUCUUGGUUUGGUUACUCGGCUCUUUGGGCAAAGCUUCUGGCAAGUCCUCUUGUUGACUGGGCGGCUGCACAAAAGUACAAAUAAUAACAAUAUAUCAGUUUACCUUCUUUAUUGAUCAGGGGGAAUGCAAUUUCAGUUUAAAAUACGAUACCUCUUUGUUUAUCUCUACUUUUCCCAAAACUCGAAUUUAACGCAGUAAACUUUAUCUUGUUUUCUAAGCAUUGUUUCUGGAUAAAAUUAGCUUCUUGUUUUCUCCUUUUUUU